ACGACUCUCCAAGGAUUCACUCAGCACUAGUCAACACACGGGAGCGCACGUGGGUUCCUGCUCAGCUGUAAUUCGCGUUUUUUGCUGCUAAAAUCGACCGAAAGUAACAGAAUAAACCGGAACAGGUAAGGAACAGGAUCAUGUCGACUCGCAGGAGAAGCACGCGAGCUGCUGUGAGCAGAAAGAGGGCAGAGGAGAAGCAGGAGGAGACUGUGGAGGAAGCUCCAGAACCGGAACCGGAGAACAUGGACCGGACCUCGGUACCAGCAGAGGAGAACCCGGUAACAGAGGCCUUAACUUCAGACAGCAGCCUGGAGAAAGAGAACCAGGUACAUACUGUGGACCCUAACCCUGCUAAACGCAGCAAAACCACUGCGCAUGCGCAGACAGGUGAGCGUGCAGGUAGGACUAUACCGCUUGGCAAACCAAAAUCUGGAAGAGUGUGGAAGGAUCGCAGCAAACAGAGAUUCUCAGCUCUUUUGAGAGAUAAACCCCUGCGUAGCUCCUGGCAGAAGAAGAUGGACGCCAAGAGGGAAAAGGAGCUGGUGAAGAAAUACCAUCAGCAGAUUAAAGAUCAGAAGGCCCAAGAGAAGCAGGAGAAGAGGAAGAGGCGAGAGGAGAAUCUGAAGAGACGUGAGGAGAACGAGAGGAAAGCAGAGAUUGUACAAGUGAUUCGUAACACAGCGAAGCUGAAGAGGAUGAAGAAGAAGCAGCUGAGGAAGAUCGAGAAGAGGGACACGCUGUCCGUGCUGCAGAAGACGCCCCCUGCUGUAAAGAAGGGAGGGAAAGGAGAAUAGGAUGUAAAUAAUGGACCGAUGAUCGCUGGAUCCACACAGACUCUGAUUCAGUUUCUGGAUUAAAUAAAGGAAUCUGCAGCUGAUCCGUGAUGCUGUAGGAUGGUUACAUUAUAGAGAUGCACCGACAUUAACUGAAUAAAAUGAAUUAUUUAGUUAAACCAAAUACCAAAAGCUUUUUUUAAACAGGUUUUAAUGUGAGCAGUGUGGAUCUGCCAUUGCUGCUGCUGCUGCU